GUCAACAAGGAUAAUCCUGGUAUAGGCAUUUCUACCUACUUACUGGAUUAUCCUGAUUAGCAACUUCAAUAAAGCAACUUAUAAAGGUGUGGGUAGGCUUAAUAAUUCAACAGUCAUGUACCUUUCCGCAGCGCUAAUUGUUGGGUAAGUAAUUUUGCAAUGAAGCUUGGGGUAACUUCGCCGCCAUUUUGCAGAUUGUGCGCCAGUGGGUUGGCAACAAGAGAUCCAUGUGAAUAUCCGCCUUGCGACGUCUUUUGUCCAUACGGACACGUUACUGAUCAACUGGGUUGUAAGACGUGCGCGUGUCUUGAUCCCUGCGCUAAUAAAUCAUGUGGUUCGGAAGAAGAAUGCGAAGUUCAAAUUUCUACUCAAUGCGUUGAGGAACCAUGGGAAUGGUUUAUUGGAAAUUGUCGCCCUAAGUGCCCAGUAAACGACUGCAUCUCAGACUAUUGCCCUUACGGAAAUGCGAGAGAUGAGAACGGCUGCGUUACGUGCGAAUGCGUUAAUCACUGCAAAAACCAAACUUGUGGACCUGAUCAAACCUGCAUUACUGAGCACUUCUGCUCCCACGCUGUAUGUGGAAUGAGAGUGAAGUGUACUAAAAGGUGUGAAGAUCUACCCUGUCAUUCAACUGAAUUCUGUGAGUAUGGCUUUGAAUUAGAUCGUGAUAAUUGCGCCACAUGCAAUUGCAAUCAACCAUGCCAAGGAGUCGUAUGUCCACUAAAUCAGUACUGCUUCGUCAGCACUAUUUAUUGUGUGACGUUACCAUGCCCCCCGCCUACAGCAAUAUGUCAAUCGUUUUGUCCAGAGGGUAGUGCUUUGUUUACAGGAGCAUACGACAGCCCCGUGAAAUGUACAAAUUCAAGGAUCUGUCCAAAGGGAUAUACAUGUCGUAAUGCCACUGGCCUAAGUGAUUCGCAUUGCUGCGAAACCAUAACAGCAUAAAAUGUCGCUCCGAUUUGUUUACCAUACUUUUGUAUUGUAUGUUAUUGCUUGGUUUUAAGGUAAAGUCGACCAUGUCAAAUA